AUGCGUCCUCAGUUGCUUACAGCUGCUCUGGUACCUGGUGCCUUUGCGGCUCGUCCGUUCCUCAAUGAGCCUGAUAUUGGUCUUGAAGAGUUCCUUGGUGAAAUCGAGCCUGGAACCCUGCCCAACAUUUCUGCCAUCGCUACCCUCCACGAUUUUGACUUUGCUGCUCGUAACUACCUGCCACAGAGCAACUAUUCAUGGUUCCGUCACGGCGCUGGCGGAGAGUGGUCCUACCGGAACAACCUCGAGGCCUUCCAAAGAUACACAUUCAAGCAGAGGGCUUUAACCGACAUCACCAAGGUCAGGAAUUCACUGCCGACUACCAUACUUGGUCAUAACUUCUCGGCACCCUUCUAUAUUAGUCCAGCAGCUCAAGGCAUCCGAUGCCAUCCUGAAGCCGAGUCGGGCCUUGUCAAGGGCGCUGCUGCUGGAGAUAUUCUCUACAUUCCGUCAAUUUUUGCCUCCAAGACGAUCGAGGAGAUUGCGGCUGAAAAGGCGGAGGGGCAGAUUCUCUUCCAGCAGCUAUACCUUGAUAAUAACGACACUAACACAAAGGCACUUCUUGCUCGCAGUGAGAAGGCUGGUGCUGCUGCUAUCGUCUUUACCGUUGAUGCUGUCGCUGACGGUAACCGACCUCGUCGGAGGCGAUUUGAGUCUUCGUUCAACCCCGACGAGGAGCUCUCUCUUUUCAACUGGGAAUACUAUGACAAGUUGGCUAGCCUUACCGACCUCCCCGUGGCCGUCAAGGGCAUCAACAGUGUCGAAGAUGCCAAGCUCGCCGUCGAGCACAAGGUACCGGCCAUCAUCAUCUCCAACCACGGCGGCCGCCAAGUCGACGGCGUCUCCUCGGCUAUCGAGACUGCGCUCGAGAUUCACAACGAAGCCCCAGAGGUGUUCAAGCAGACCGAAGUCUGGGCCGACGGCGGCGUUCGCUACGGAACCGACGUGAUCAAGCUGCUGGCUCUGGGCGUCAAGGCCAUCGGCCUCGGUCGAUCCUUUAUGUACUCUAAUGUCUAUGGUGCCGAGGGCGUUGAGAGGGCGAUUGAGAUUCUCAAGUACGAGAUUGCGAUUGAUGCUGCCAACCUUGGGAUUUCUGACCUCAAGAAGAUUAAUCCAGACUGGGUGAGGUGGAACCAAAAUGGUUGGUAUAGCUGA